AUGGUUUGUGCAGGAAACUACCAAACCGAACUUGUCCUCCGAGUCCGCAGAGCAAGUAGAGAUGCAGAUGAGGAAACCACAGCUGAUAAUUUCUGCUCAUCGAUUCCUCUCGCUCACAAGUUGUUGGAGCACGACGUAUACUACCUCGAGAAAACAAAGAAGUUGAAAGAAGGAGAGCUAAUUGUCAGGCAAGACGAAUAUGGAGUGACUGUGCUAAAGUGGAAAGACCAUCAUGAGCUCUACGUGAUGAUCAUACGUGCGUACGUUUCUACAGCUCAGCUCAACAUACAGAUGCUCUACAUCUCAUCGUAUUUGAAGGGCGCUGUAAAUAAUGCAAAUAAGCCAUUGAUAUACAAUAAAUCAAGGAGUUUUGUUGAUCUAUCAACAGCGCUGUACUCUUCCACGGAUGACCCUUGUAUCAGAAGAACAAGUAGGGUAUUUGCGGUUGUUCUCUUAUUUGAUCACCCAACAGCUGUCGUCAACUCGUGGUAUAUUUAUUCCCUGGGAUGCGAUAUUGAACGGACAGAUAUCCAUACAUACAACGCUGAAACAUCAACUGCGCACAGCCACUUGACCUAA